AUGAACGUUCCUCUCCUGCUUUUUCUGCUCUUUCAGUUGCCGCGCUCUGCACAGCUUACGGGACGUGAACGCGCGUAUUUGGAGCACCAACUUGUCGAGGAAGGGCGCGUAUCUGGCCGAAGGACUGGCAGAUUGUACUGUAGAGUUGGAAUAGGUUUCCACCUUCAGAUUCACAUCGAUGGAAGAGUCAACGGGAGCCACGAACCAGAUUCGUUAAGUGUGCUGGAGCUGUUCGCCGUGUCUCAAGGGGUUAUAGGUAUCCGAGGGGUUUUCAGCAACCGAUUUCUAGCCAUGAACAAGAGGGGAAGGCUUCAUGCCACUGAGAGCUUUACAGAUGACUGUAAGUUCAGAGAGCGCUUUCAGGAGAACAGCUAUAACACAUACGCCUCGGUGAUCCACAAAAACCAUCGCACUGGUAGAGAGUGGUUUGUGGCCCUCAACAAGAGAGGAAAAGCAAAAAUGGGGUCCAGUCCGAGAGUGAAGUCGCAACACGUGUCUACACAUUUUCUGCCGAGGAUGAACCUACAUGAAAAGACUGAGCAAGGAUUCACAGUAACAGACAAAGAGGAGGAAAAACAACCUCCGCCGCAUCCUUCAAAGCCUUCUUUACCAAAAGUCAACACUGCAAAGAAGAAUCGACCAAUAGUCAAGUACUGGCCAAAGUUUCGAUUCGGAUAG